GUCUUCACGAGACUGCAAAAUCAAAAACCCGCAAAAGGAAGAAAAAAAAAACUGGGAUUUUGAUCCGUCAAGGAUUCACCGCAGGAUCUCUGUUUCUGGGGAGAUCAAGCUUCAUCUGUGUCGACCAUGGAGAAAGACAAGAAAGCAUCGACUGACCCUGGGACCGUCGAUGAUAACGAGGAGACAGAAGCUAUAGAGAUCGUUCUCUUUCAAGUGUCCGAAUGCUACGUUUAUUUGAUACCUCCGAGAAAAAGCGCUGCUUCCUACAGGGCAGAUGAGUGGGAUGUGAAUAAAUGGGCAUGGGAAGGGGCAUUAAAAGUCGUUAGCAAAGGUGAAGAGUGCAUAAUCAGACUUGUAGAUAAAACCUCGGGUGAACUUUAUGCUCAGGCGUUUCUGAGAGAUGGUGAACCACAUCCCGUUGAACCUGUAAUUGACAGUAGCAGAUAUUUUGUUCUUCGCAUUGAAGAAAAGAUAGGUGGUCGUGUCCGGCAUGCUUUUAUUGGACUCGGGUUUCGAGAACGAACUGAAGCUUACGACUUCCAAGCUGCUCUUCAUGAUCAUAUGAAGUACCUGAACAAGAAAAAAACAGCGGAAGAGAUGGAACAACAGUUUCAGAGCACGUCUUCUGUCGAUUACAGCUUAAAGGAGGGAGAGACAAUCGUUCUCCAACUCAAGAACACGAGCAAUCGGGACAUGAAACCCAAAAUACUCGAGAAGGGUCUGAGCAAUAUCGCGUUGGAAGAUAAGGGCAAGGGGAAAGAGGCACUUUUGUCUAUCAUUCCGCCGCCUCCUCCAGGACCCCUCUCUCCUGCCGCCACCACGCCGACGGUGGGGAAGUCGCCUUCAAGCCUUCCGCCGAAUCUCAGCCUCAGAAAAAACUCGGAAGAAACGAAUUCGCACAAGGAAACCGGAGAGGAGAAUCAAGCCGAGGAACUGAGGACAGAAGAUUCACCGGACGAUGACUUUGGGGACUUUCAAGCUGCUUGAUGAAUGAGAAAAUAGCUUACGAACGGACAGAACUUCUCUGUAUUGGCUUGGUUUUAUAUCUCUGUGUAAUGUGACGGAUAGAAGUCAUUUCUUGUAUACAUAUGCAUGAAUAUAUAUAUAUAUAUAUACAUAUACACACACACACAUAUUUCUUUAUUUUAAUUUGUAUUCAUUGGUUUCAA